AAAAGCAAUAUGGACGGCGCAGUUACGAGCCGCUGCGCUUUCCCGAUGGAUCUCCAAACUUUCCGUCCUCCACCUUUUGCAGGAAAUAUGGCAUUUUGGGUGUCGAACCAUGUGUGCAAGUGGAGGAAUUAUAAUAGACUUGGCAUGGAGACAAGAUCUAUGAGUAGUGCUCAUUUUCAGAAGCAUUUAAUAUCAACGAAGAAAUCAUUCAGAAAAAAUAUUGGAGCUUAUGUUUAUUGCUUGUAUGGCAUGGAGAAGGAUCCUGCCUUGCCUCCUAAACAACAUCUAAUUGAUGCAAGAGUGAUCUACAGCCUUGCUCCUGCCCUGGGUCAUAACCAGGAGUCACAUCCAGAAUCCAGUGCUAGAGUCCCUGCAAUUGUUGAUGCGCUUGAAAAGAUGGAGCUUACUUCAAAGUUCCGUGGCUCAGAGAUUUUUGAACUUAGAAGUUUCAAGCCUGCUUCAGUAGAUGACAUUGCAAGUGUUCAUGCAGAGGCUUAUGUAUCAGGUCUUGAAAAGGCUAUGGAUAGGGCUCUGCAGCAGGGCAUUAUUUUCAUUGAUGGCUCUGGACCAACAUAUGCUACUGCCAUGACAUUCCAUGAGUCGCUUGUUGCAGCCGGAGCAGGACUUGCCUUAGUUGAUUCAGUGGUGAUGUCUUGGUCUAUAAAGUUAGUUGCAGCAUCAAAUAUAAGCACAGAUCCACCUGUGGGUUUUGCUUUGAUAAGACCCCCAGGACAUCAUGCUAUUCCCAAAGGUCCAAUGGGGUUUUGUGUUUUUGGAAAUGUGGCAAUUGCAGCACGUCAUGCUCAGCGUGUCCAUGGAUUAAAGCGAGUUUUUAUUAUUGAUUUUGAUGUUCACCAUGGAAAUGGGACGAAUGAUGUCUUCUAUGAUGAUCCAGAUAUAUUCUUCCUUUCAACUCAUCAAGAUGGAAGCUACCCAGGCACUGGAAAAAUUGAUGAGAUAGGUCGAGGAGCUGGUGAAGGAGCAACCUUAAAUCUACCUCUGCCUGGAGGCUCAGGUGAUACUUCAAUGAGAAAUGUGUUUGAUGAAGUCAUCGUGCCCUGUGCACAGAGGUUUAAGCCAGAUAUAAUUCUUGUCUCUGCUGGGUAUGAUGGCCACGUACUGGAUCCAUUGGCAAGUUUGCAGUACACAACAGGCACAUACUACAUGCUGGCAUCUAACAUUAAACAACUUGCCAAAGAUUUAUGUGCGGGACGCUGUGUAUUUUUCUUGGAAGGCGGGUACAACCUUGAUUCUCUGUCUAACUCAGUGGUAGAUUCAUUCCGUGCAUUUCUUGGGGAGCCCAGUUUGGCAUCCAAGUUUGACGACCCUGCCAUCUUGUACGAAGAGCCAUUAAAUAAGGUGAAGCAGGCGAUUCAGAGAGCGAAGCACUUGCAUUAUCUGUAAAUUUACGUUGCUACAAUAUCUGUGAUAUUUCCGUAUGUACAAGUAUAUGCACUGAUGUCUACGUGCUCAGUGACAUCAAUUAUGACUGUAAAUGAGGUCUUAUGUAUAUUGCAUGAUGCAAAGUAAUGACCAUACAAACAUAUCUCACUAUUCUGUAGUACUUAAAUAUAUAUAUAUAUAUAUAUGUAUAUAAUCCCACUAUUUUGCAUUAGC